CAGCACCUUUUUUUUAACUCUGACAUGUCGUCCCACGCUCAUUUGCUCCCAAAUGGUUACAAAGCCCAAAUUGCCCAAUGGCUGCAAGAAGAUACACCUUCAUUUGAUUAUGGCGGCUACGUAGUUGGCGAAUCGGAUCAGAAAGCCGUUUUGUAUUGCAAAGCUGAAGGUGUUCUAGCAGGCGUACCCUUCUUUGACGAAGUCUUUAAGCAGCUGGACUGCAAAGUCGAGUGGACUGCCCAGGAGGGUGAGUACCUCAAUCCUGAUGGCAAAAUCGCCAUUGCUCAUGUCUAUGGCAAAGCAAGACAUUUACUUCUUGGUGAACGAAUCGCUUUAAAUAUUAUAUCUCGAUGCAGUGGAAUAGCGCUCAAGGCUCACAAAGUUGCACAGUUGCAAAAGGAACGCGGUUUUAAGGGAGUUAUAGCUGCCACUCGCAAAACUACCCCAGGAUUCCGUUUGGUUGAGAAGUAUGGUGUGCUUGUUGGUGGCUUGGACACUCACCGUAUGGAUUUAUCCUCUAUGGUUAUGCUUAAAGACAAUCAUAUUUGGGCCCAUGGGUCUAUCACAAAGGCUGUACAAGCUGCACGCUCUGUGGCUGGCUUUUCUCUCAAGAUUGAAGUGGAAUGUCAAUCGGAAGAGGAAGCUGACGAAGCCAUUGCUGCUGGCGCCGAUGUCAUUAUGUUGGAUAAUUUUACUGGAGACGGCUUGAAGGCAGCUGCUAAGAGUGUUAAGCAGCGAUGGGCCCAAAAGGGUGUUAAUAACUUCUUGGUCGAAAGCAGCGGUGGCAUUACCUACGAGACAUGUGCAGAUUACUUUUGCGACGAAAUUGACAUUUUAAGCAUGAGCACAAUCACUCAAGGUGUUGGUCAUGUAGACUUUUCUCUUAAGAUUGUUCCUCAGAAGCAAUAAGAGAUAUCGAAAAGAUCUGCUUUAUGCUCUGAUUUUGUUUUCUCUUUAUUUA